GUCAAGACAAAAACAAACACACACAAAGCCGCCAUUCAAUAAUUCAUUAUCCAACCAAUCAAAAACUAGAAAAUUGAUAUAAUUUAUUUCCAUCUCACAACUUCACAAACCCAGAAAACAAAACCAACCACCAUGUCUCUAACCACAUUCUCUUCCUCCUCCUCCUUCUUCUUCUUCUUCAUCAUCAAUUUCAUCUUCCUCUUCAAUCUUCACCCUUCAAUUGCACAAAGCCAAAACCAACGAGUAACCUUCUCUUCAUUCAACAGCUCAGACUCUCCAUGGAGUCCAACUCAGAACAAAUUCCUUAUCUCACCAAACAGAAACUUCACUGCUGGCUUCUUCCCCCUUCCGAAUUCCCCAAACCACUUCACCUUCUCCGUUUCGUUCGCCAAAGUUCCCCAAUCUUCAAACCCUAUCGUUUGGAACGCCACAUCCACCAACCUCACCUCCAAAUCUUCGCUUCAAAUCACCACCAAUAAUCAAAUCCUCCUCAACGGUCUCCCAUUAUUUGUUAACCCUAACCGCUCAUCUUCUUCCCAAUCGAACAACGCAUCAACGAUUCAACUCGUUCUCACCGACGACGGAAACUUGAAAUUCGGAGAUUCGAACAGCUUCGAUGACGCUACCAACACUAUCCUUCCCAAUCAAGACGUCAACUCAACCGAGCUUGUAUCUAACAACGGGAGAUUCAAGUUCGUUAACUCUUCGUUUCUUGUUCUUGCUUCGAACAACGGUCCGUUCUUGAACAUGGAUAAUUUGGGGAUGAUGAAUAUGCAAGGUAACUCGUUCCUCACCUCGGAUUACGGUGACAACAGGUUCCGGAAACUGGUGCUCGAUGACGAUGGGAAUCUAAAGAUCUAUAGCUUCUAUCCUGAAGAGAAUAAUCAGUGGAAGGUUGUGUGGAGAGCGAUAUGGGAAAUGUGCCAUGUCAAAGGAAGGUGCGGUUCUUAUGCUAUUUGCGUAACAAGUGAUGGUUUGAACGUGACUACCACUUCUUGUGUUUGCCCCACCGGGUUCGCCGCAAACAACGGUGUUCCCGACCGUGGCUGCACACGGAAGAAACCACUCUCCAAGAACACCGGCUUCAUCAGGCUCGAUUACGUGAACUACACAGUCUCCGGCGACGGCAGCACCAUGAACCAGUUAAGCGGCUCCCAGAAUUUCUCUGUCUGCGAAGCCACCUGCAAAACAAACCCCAACUGCUUGGGAUUCGGAUUCAAGUACGACGGAUCAGGUUUCUGCGUUCCGCUAAUCGGUAAAGAGCUUCAAUACGGUUACUGGUCACCGGGCACCGAGACCGCGUUGUUCAUCAAAGUAGAUGAAUCAGAAUCAGAAGAAAGCUCCAAUUUCGUUGGGCUGACGGAGGUUAUGCAAACGAGUUGCCCGGUGAGGAUAAGCCUGCCGCUGCCACCGAAGGACUCGAACGCCACCACGAGGAACAUCAUCAUAAUCUGCACGCUAUUUGCGGCAGAGCUUAUUUCUGGUGUGGCUUUCUUCUGGUCUUUCUUAAAGAGAUACAUCAAAUACAGGGACAUGGCCACUACUUUAGGCCUUGAACUCUUACCUGCUGGUGGCCCCAAAAGGUUCACUUACUCUGAGCUCAAGGCCGCAACCAAUGAUUUUUCCAACCUCAUUGGAAGAGGUGGAUUUGGGGCGGUUUACCGAGGCGAGUUGCCAGACCACCGCGUCGUCGCUGUCAAAGUCUUGAAAAACGUUUCAGGUGGCGACGCGGAGUUCUGGGCCGAGGUGACCAUCAUUGCCAGAAUGCACCACCUCAAUUUGGUUCGACUAUGGGGAUUCUGUGCGGAGAAAGGACAAAGAAUUCUCGUGUACGAGUACAUCCCUGGUGGCUCAUUGGACAAGUACCUCUUCAGGUUGAACAAUUCUAAAAAAGGCGACUCAAAUACACAGCAAGAGAAGCCUAUUUUGGAUUGGAAUAUGAGGUAUAGAAUUGCUCUUGGUGUAGCCAGAUCUAUUGCAUAUUUGCAUGAAGAGUGUUUGGAAUGGGUUCUACACUGCGACAUCAAACCCGAAAAUAUUCUUCUAGGCGAUGACUUUUGUCCUAAGAUAUCGGAUUUUGGACUCGCUAAGUUAAGGAAAAAAGAGGAUAUGGUAACAAUGUCCAAGAGGAGGGGUACUCCGGGAUACAUGGCUCCUGAAUGGAUUACUGCGGAUCCAAUAACAUCAAAGGCUGAUGUAUAUAGUUUCGGAAUGGUGUUGUUGGAGCUUGUGAGUGGAGUUAGAAACUUUGAGAGUCCUGAGUCUAUGGUUAGAAGUGAUGAGUGGUACUUUCCAGGUUGGGCUUUCGAUAAGAUGUUCAAGGAAAUGAGGGUCGAGGACAUUCUUGAUGGUCAUAUUAGGGAAAUGUAUGAUACAAGGGCCCAUUUUGAAAUGGUUAAUAGGAUGGUGAAGACUGCUAUGUGGUGCCUUCAGGAUAGGCCUGAGUUGAGGCCUACAAUGGGGAAAGUGGCUAAGAUGUUGGAAGGAACUGUGGAGAUUACUGAUCCCAAGAAGCCCACCGUGUUCUUCCUUGGGGAAGAGUAGAUGGGAUGAUUGUAUUUUCUAAAACUCAUCAAAUGUUUGUCUUUUUUACAUUUUUCAUGGG